GUUUGGGAUUUCAGCGCUUUCAGAUCUUCAGCUAUUCUGGGCUCAGCUAUUUGUGCCUGCACCAUGUCAGUCUUCCCGAAGGCUAUUGGGGGCCUCUGAAGAACGUGGAGAGGCUUCCAGCAGCCAACCUCAGAGGAGAAAAGUUCAGAGGUUUUGCAGAAUCUACCCUGUGCCAACACCACCGGUGGAUUAACUGCAGCUGUCAAGAAACCGGCUACUUAAUGAAGUGCGUGUACUGAAAGCAGGUUAAAGAAUAAGGAAGUUGCAAGCAGAAUAAUAGACCAGAGGAUUAGACAUCUGUUUAUUAGAGUAGUUUCCAAUUAAACUUCUUGGCUCAAGAAGAAAAGAAGCCAGUUGUUUGUCACCCCGCAGUGGAUUUGUGGUUUGGCUUCCCAUGGCUUCCCUUCGAGCAUGUAACGGCAGGAUACUGGUGGCUGUUGUGUGUGGGCUGCUGACCACCAUCGUUUUGGGACUGGGCGUGUGGAGGACUGUGACCAGGAUCCAGGAAGAAACCAUUUGCUCUAUAUCAGACAUCACUGCAUUUUUCUGCCAGAAUGGUGGUACGUGGAUGAAUGGAAGAUGCAUUUGUCCAGAAGAAUGGAAAGGACUGAGAUGCACAAUCAACAAUCACUGUGAAAAAAGCAAUUCUGAAAACUUUACUUUUGAAAAAAUACCAGUGGGAAGAUAUGGACAUUCCGUGCAAACAUGUGGCCCUGACACCCCAAAUGCGGGCAAACCGAUGGCAACCCGAUUGUGCAGUUUUACUGCAAAUGGAAGCAUAACACUGAAUGAUGUGAUAACAGGAAAUUGUAGUGAAACUCUGCAAUACCUGGAAGCAAAGCUACAGGAUUUCACAGGUAAUCCUGAUAAUUUUUCCAUCGAAGCCCAGAUUUUGACAUCUAAUGCCAGUAUAUUAACUUCAGGGGACAUCAGUUCUGCUGCUAAUGUGGUCACACAGAUCCUCAAUACUUCCCGAGCUUUACCUGAGGCAAAAAAAACUGCUGUAACAACAGUAAGUCAACUUCUAGAUGCCAGUGAAGUUGUUUUUCAAGAUACAAAAAAUAACUUUUCUGGCCUUAUUGACCAAAUGGAGACGUAUUCCUUGUCUUUGGGCAGCGAGUCAGUGGUGGAACCUAAUGUAGCUGUACAGUCCGUUGAUUUCCUUGAAGGCACAGCAGAGCCUACCAAAAACGUUCGCUUCUCUGUAAUGAAAGGAUCUAGUAAGUUUCUUGAUUCUAGCUCCACACGUGUAGACAGAAAUGUGGAUGACCUUGAUAUGAAUGAACGGACUGAACUUCAGAUCUUGCUCAGUACUUCCAAUGGUAACGCUGGAGGAUGUGGCUUUGUAGUGUAUCAAAACAACAAGUUUUUCCAAUCAAAAACUUUUAAAACUUAUUCAGAUUUUAGUCAAAAAAUAAUCUCUACUAAAACUAGAGAAAAUGGAAAAAAAGAGAGUUCCUCUGUUGAAAUGGCCUAUAGCCAAACUAAAGAAAAUAAAAAUGAUCCGAGUACUUCUGUUGAAAUGGCCAUUAACCCAGAGUACGACUCCCAAAAAUUCCAAAUCCACUCCUACGCUUGCGUCUACUGGGAUGCUUUAGAGAAUGAUUGGGACACAUAUGGCUGUCACAAAGACAGUGGCUCUGGCAAUCUCCUGAAAUGCCGCUGCAACCAUACUACUAAUUUUGCCAUAUUAAUGAGUUUCCAAGAGAAUUAUAAAUAUUCUGAGCCACUAAACAUAUUAUCUGCUGUUGGAUGUGCGCUGUCCAUUACUGGUCUGGCUCUCACAAUUAUAUUUCAAAUUGUCACCAGGAAUGUCAGGAAAACCUCAGUAACAUGGGUGUUGGUCAGUCUGUGUACUUCAAUGCUGGUUUUCAACCUCCUCUUUGUGUUUGGAAUUGAAAACGCCAAUAAGACUUCAGAGACAAGUGGCUCCAAGGAUAUCCAUAACCAGGGGCUGAACAAAGUGCCUCAAACAGACAAAGUGGACCCCAAGUCCAACCCCACAUGCACUGCAGUUGCGGCUUUGUUGCACUAUUUUCUGUUGGUGACAUUUGUCUGGACUGGUAUCAGUGCCACGCAACUCUAUUACCUUCUAAUUAGGACCAUGAAGCCUCUUCCUCGAUAUUUCAUUCAUCUAGCCUCUUUAGUUGCGUGGGGAGUCCCAGCUGUAAUGGUGGCUGUGACACUGGGAAUUAUUUAUGCUCAGGAUCCAGGCAACUCAAAUUGGGAGCUAAAGUACCGGCAAGAGUCAUUCUGCUGGCUGGAAACUAACCAUCUUCUAGAAGGUCCAUUUUUGUGGUCAUUUCUCAUACCUGUGACCAUUAUCCUUAUUAGCAAUAUUACUAUAUUUAUUAUCAUCACAGUCAAAGUGCUAUGGAAGAAUAACCAGAAUCUGACGAGUACAAAAAAGUCUUCAUUCCUCCGGAAGAUCUUUAGCACAUUAUCUAUUGCAGUCGUUUUUGGAAUUACCUGGAUUCUGGCAUAUUUAAUGAUGAUUGAUAAUGGGGAUAGAAUAGAAUUCAGCUACAUAUUCUGCCUUUUCAAUAGUACUCAGGGAUUGCAAAUUUUUAUCCUCCACACUGUCAGAACAAAAAUCUUCCAGAGUGAAGCUUCCAAAAUGCUGAGGUUGAUGGCAUCAUCUGCUAGGAGAAUGAAGGCGCGGUCACCGUCAAUGGCCCCACUGAGGCUGAAUUUAAGGAUGUAUAACAUGCUCAGGGCAUUUCCAGCCCUAAAUGAACACUUCAGGCUGCUAGAGCCAUCUGUAUUUACUGAGGAAACAAUAGUCUCUGAAAGUUCCCAAGCAAAUUCAACUGCUUAGAUGCUACAACUCUUCACCUUUUAUGGUCCUUUUUAUUCAACUCAUGUGAGUUUCAUUUUUUUAUUUCCUUCCUUCUUUAUUAUCCAGUCCUGCUGGAAAAAUCUCCCAUAAUAUAUUUUUCUCAAGGUAAAACUUGAUGUUUAUUUCAUAAGGGAUAAAUGGAUUUGGUAGUUUUUCUAUUAUUCAUAAAUUCUUAUUUAAAGAGGGAGGAGAAUCCCACCCAGCAUUUAAGAUAAUUUGAGAUUAUCAUGCUUCUUAUAUUAUAGUCUAUAUGACACCCUUUGACAAAAAUGUAGGUCCUGAAAUUAUUUACAAUGUACUAAAAAGGAUGGGAGAAGAAAAUUGUACCUUCCAGAACAAAAUGACCCCAGUGAAAUAAAGGAG